ACUCCAGUCACGCGUGGCCGACCCCACAGUAGAAGCCAGGAAAUGAUCUCGUAAGCUCGUCCGGGAUAUAUCUACGCUCGGUUUCUCGCCUUCCUCCUCUUUCCUUUGAUAUUCAGUGACUCAACUGAAAGGAACUUGGCUGAAAAGUGCGACCGGAAACUACCGCUUCUAUUGAGAGACACUGCCGUUCAUCCUCUCUCUCGAUAUCAGGUUCUCGACACCUGUCGUGACGUAAUAUCAGCAGUCUUUAUCGACCUCCUACACUACUCUUCUUCUUCCUCGACACCUCCCCGCAAGCGAUAUGUCUGGAGCAGAGUGCUCGGUUGGACGGAAUCCGCUGGCACAGUUCACCAAACAUGUCGGUGAAGAUCGCUCACUGCAACGAGACCGGCUUGCCGGGCCGCCGGGCGGCAUUGGAUCAUCCGCCCCCGGCGCAGGAAUGCGAACAGAGCAUAUCCGGCCACUGACUGAGGCGGACCGAGAGUUGAUGUCCCGUUUCGAGGCAAUGAACCUGGAUCAUGUCCUGCGGGACUCCCCGGCACAUAGGGAACUUGGCCGACAAGCCAUGCAGAUAGCCCGAGAAACAGGCUCCCUCCAACCAGUAGGACCAGCCGGUCUACACAACUCCAUGUCCAGACCAGCAAGCUCCCCGAUGGUGAAUGGAAAUUGGGCAAAUGAAUUUGGCCAGCCGCAGGGAUCGCAGUGGUCGAGCGAGUACCGGCAGCAGCAGGUCCCCGGAGGCGACUGGACACGGGAGUUUUCAGCGCCCGCUACGACUUCAGGUGCUCCGGCGCCCAUGAUGAGCUACAACAGUGGCCCGCAAUGGUACGGCAUGGGUGACUCUAUGAGCAGGCCUAUGGGCGGGCUCUAUAAUCCCGGUUUAACGAAUUUCAAUACCAUGCCUAUGACCAUGAACCCGCUCAACAAUGUACAGCAACGAGACAAAGGGAAAGGCAAGAUAGUGGAACUUGACUCGGCCACUUGGGAGCAGCAGUUCGAGCUACUUGAGACUCAGGAUGCGUCAACGUCAGAGGUAAAGGAGGAAGCCGAAGCUCCUGCUGAGUCUGAUUCCAAAGAGCAUGAAAAAAUCUGGCGGGAUGCUUACAGUGGCGAGACUAUUGACGAAACCUACGAGGGCGACUUUGAGAACAUCUGGCGCGGUAUUCAGGAACAACAUCUUCAAGACGGUACUGCGUCUCAGAUCGGCCAUCAGAACAACCUAGACCCUACUGUGGAGAAUCUGUUUGGCAACGACAGAUUCCUAGACGCAUCCGAGAUUGACAACCCAUACUCUGUCCGCGACGAGGCUUCAGAAUUGAAGAUGCCAUGGGACAAAGAUUUUGAAGAGUUCGCUGCCGCAAGGUCGGAUUCCGGCGACUACCAAUACGAAAACGACAAUCACUUUAUGCAAGAAGAUGUUUCGGACCCGUUCCAGGAAGGUGUUCGUAUAUUGGAGUCUGGCGGUAAUUUGAGCGAGGCCGCGUUGGCGUUUGAAGCCGCGGUGCGGAAAGAUCCGCAGCAUGUUCAGGCAUGGAGCUUGCUUGGUGCGGUGCAGUCUCAAAACGAGAAAGAGGAUCCUGCAAUCAGAGCACUUGAGAGAGCGGUGCAGCUGGAUGAGUCGAACGAGUCUGCACUGAUGAACCUGGCGGUCGCUUACAUCAAUGAGGGAUACGAGAACGCGGCAUAUGCGACGCUCGAGAAGUGGAUCGCGACAAAGUAUCCCGACAUUGUCAACCAGGCUCGUGAUCAGACCCCGCAAUUGGCGAAUGCUGACAUCUUCCGAUUGCAUGAGCGCGUCACCGAGCUGUUUAUUCGCGCGGCACAGCUUUCCCCUGAGGGCAUGUCUAUGGAUGCCGAUGUCCAAGUCGGACUGGGCGUUCUUUUUUACGGCAGUGAGGAGUACGACAAGGCUGUCGAUUGCUUCAACGCUGCUCUGAGUGUUCGUCCUGACGAUCCCCUGCUCUGGAACCGAUUAGGAGCCACGCUUGCGAACUCGCGGCGAUCAGAAGAGGCUAUCGAGGCCUACUACAAAGCGCUUGAAAUUCGGCCUUCAUUUGUGCGCGCACGAUACAAUCUCGGCGCUUCCUGUAUCAACAUUGGCUGCUACAAGGAAGCAGCGCAGCACUUUCUCACCGCUCUUGAGAUGCACCGGGUCCCGGGCGGACACAGCGGUGCGAGCGAGGAAGAGAUCCUGGCGAACGAGAGCACGACGUUGUAUGACACGCUCCGUCGGGUGUUUCUGGCGAUGGAUAGAAGAGAUUUGGCUGACAAGGUUGUCACGGGAGUUGAUCCUGCUAUUUUUAAGGAUGCGUUUUGAGUCUGAUUUGCAACGCGGCAGGAGCUAGGUCUUUUGCCGUACAGGGGACAUUUGGUUUUUGCACAGGGGAGGCAUUGUUGUAACUGUAUAUAUUGGUGACUUGUUCAUUCUUUCAAUCAACCGUCUUUUAGCGUAUGAUAAAUGCAUUGGU